AUGCCAUUCCGCCCGACCCUUCCUUUGCACAAGAAGUCGAGCACAGCAUGGCUAGCACGACAAUCCCGUGACCCCUUUGUCAAAGCGCGCCUCUCCUCGCCGUCAUCCUACCGUUCACGCGCUGCCUACAAGCUCAUCGAGCUGAAUGACAAGUGGGGGCGCUUCCUCUCACGUCCUAGCGUGCGCAGUGUCGUAGACCUUGGUGCAGCUCCGGGCGGCUGGAGCCAGGUCGUCGCGGAAAAUUUUGGGUGGACCCUUGAGGCGGCAGACAAUGUGGAAGACUUUGGGUUACGCGAAGAGGCGAAGGUACAGAAACGCGGUUCCUGGAGCACCGAACCUAUGAACAAGAUUACCGGGCGAGGAAACAUUGUUGCAUUGGAUCUGCUGCCAAUGGUGCCAAUACCAGGCGUGCAGACGCUACAGAUGGACUUUCUAGCUCCAGAUUCGGCGCGUAUCGUACGGGAUGCGCUGAAGAAUUCACGGAAUCCCGAGGGUACAGCGGAUGUCGUGUUGAGCGACAUGGCAGCGAAUUUUUCGGGAAGCAAAAUUCGGGACUCGCAAAUGAGCUUGGAUAUCUGUCAUGCAGUCUUCGAUUUCGCAAAAGGUGCAUUAACUGUUAGGACAGUGGAUGAACGAGGGAAGGCAUCCUGCGGCGGGAUACUACUGUUGAAGCAUUUCGCUCAUCCAUUACUGCAAGAGUUCAGAAAGGAACAUUUAGAACCCAACUUCCACCUCGUACAUUAUAUCAAGCCGGAGUCAAGCCGUGCUGACUCUGCAGAAGGUUACUGGCUGUGUCGCGGUUGGUUGGGUAGGACCUAA